GUUAGACUGAAGAAUAGUAUAAAAAGGGAGGCAAAAAGACCAGGAGGCAUUCUCAAGAUGAUCUGCUAGAGACUCUGUCGGAGAGGCGCCAGAGAAACUAUACAGCAUCGAGAAUCAAUCAAUCCAUCAAUCAACCAACCAAUGAGACAUUGGACCAGAGAUCUUUCAAGAGCCAGAGAACAAGCUCUUGCCUGCAAAUCAAGACUUGCUGAUCCAGAGGUCUACGUUGAGAGCCAUGAACCAUCAUCAGAAUGCAGUGACCUGUGAUGACAUGCAUGUCGACUUCACUUCAGAAGAAUGGACUUUGCUGAAUCCUUCCCAGAAGAGUCUCUACAAAGAUGUGAUGGUGGAGACCUACAGAAACCUCACUGCUAUAGGAUAUAAUUGGGAAGACCAUAAUAUUGAAGAACAUUGUCAAAGUUCUAGAAGACAUGAAAGGCAUGAAAAAAGUCAAACUAGCAAGAAAACUUCUGUAUAUACUCAAUGUGUUAAAGCCUUUGCAUGUCAUCUUCACAGGCAUGAAAAAACAUAUACUAGAUUGAAGCCCUAUGAAGAAAAUGAGUGUGGUAAAGCUUUUGCACAUCACAGUCAUCUUGGAAUGCACAAUAGAUCUUACACUGGAGAGAAACCCUAUAAAUGUAAUCAAUGUUGUAAAAUCUUUGCAUGUCAGAAUACUCUUCAAAUGCAUAUAAGAACACAUACUGGAAAGAAGCUAUAUGAAUGUAAUCAGUGUGGUAAAGCCUUUGCAUGGCACAGUUAUCUUCUAAUUCAUGAAAGAAGCCAUACUGGAGAGAAACUCUAUGAAUGUAAUCAGUGUUGUAAAGCCUUCGCACAACAGGGUCAUCUUCAAAUUCAUGAUAGAAGCCAUGCUGGAGAGAAACCGUAUAAAUGUAAUCAGUGUGGUAAAGCCUUUAUAUGGCACAGUUAUCUCCAAAAGCAUAAAAGAGUCCAUACUGGAGAGAAACCCUAUAAAUGUAAUAAAUGUGGUAAAGGCUUUCCAUGUUCCAGUGCUCUCCAGAUUCAUGAAAGAGGCCAUACUGGAGAGAAACGCUAUGAAUGUAAUCAGUGUGGUAAAGCCUUCACAUGGCAGGGUAAUCUUCAAACUCAUGAAAGAAGCCAUACUGGAGAGAAACCUUAUGAAUGUAAUCAGUGUGGUAAAGCCUUUGCACAGUACGGUCAUCUUCAAAAUCAUGAACGAACCCAUACUGGAGAGAAACCCUAUAAAUGUAAUCAGUGUGGUAAAGCUUUUACAUGUUCCAGUACUCUCCAAAGGCAUGAAAGAACCCAUACUGGGGAGAAACCCUAUGAAUGUAAUCAGUGUGGUAAAGCUUUCGCACAGCAAGAUUAUCUUCAAAUUCAUAAAAGAACCCAUACUGUGGAGAAAACCUAUGAAUGUAAUCAGUGUGGUAAAGCCUUUGCUCUUCUCAGUUAUCUCCAAAAACAUAAAAGAGCCCAUACUGGGGAAAAACCGUAUGAAUGUAAUCAGUGUGGUAAAGCCUUUGCAUGUUCCAGUACUCUCCAAAAUCAUGAAAGAAGCCAUACUGGAGAGAAACACUAUGAAUGUAAUCAGUGUGGUGAAUCCUUUUUACAGCACAUUCAUCUACAAAGUCAUGAAAUUAAACAUGCUGAAGAGAAACCCUAUGAAUGUAAUCAGUGUUGUAAAGCCUUUGUAUGUCACAGUAGUCUCCAAACACAUGAAAGAACACAUACUGGAGAGAAACCCUAUGGAUAUUUUUCAAUGUGGUAAAGCCUUUGCAUGUAUAGUGAUCUCUGAAAACAUAACAGAAACACUAUUGGAGAGAAACAUUAAGUAUGUAAUUAGUGUGCUAAAGGCUUUGUUUAUCAUAGUCAUCUUUAAAGACAUAAACUGACAUAUGCUGGAUAUAAACUCUAUGAAUGUAAUGAGUGUGGUAAAGCCUUUGCACUUCACAGUACUCUACAAAUGCAUAAAAAAUCACACAGUGGAGAUAAACUCUAUAAAUGUAGUCAGUGUGGUAAGGCAUUUGCAUGUAUGAAUAAUCUAAAUCAUGAGAAAUAUCAUAUGGCAUAGAAACCCUGUAAGUGGUUUUAUUGUGAUAAAGUUUUGUACUUUAUAUAGGAGUAAAACUUUUUGUGUGCAACAA